CCGUUUCCUAGAGGCAAAGAGCCGCAACAUCAACAUCCACAGACACAUUCAGUUAAUAACUUUAAACUCUUAACAGUUAAACCGGAGUCGGAGGAUGUCGGGACAGAAGCGUCCUGCUGACCCCAGCGGUCCCUCGUCCUCCGGUGCGCCCCCGGAAAAGCGCAGGGAGAGGGAAGGAGAGGAUGGAGGUCCCGGUGUCAGCGCCGCGGCCGGGGGGAGCACCGCGGUGGAGACGGUCAUCAAACUGGGAGGGGUGUCCAACUCAGAGGAACAGGACAUCAAAGCUCUCCAGGCCAAGAACCGAAAACUUGGGGAAGCUCUCGAUCAAAGACAGGUGAUUGAGGAUGAACUCCGAGAGCGAAUUGAGAGACUGGAGACCCGACAGGCCACAGAUGAUGCCAGUCUGCUGAUCCUCAACAGAUACUGGAACCAAUUUGACGAUAAUGUUCGACUCACCAUCAGGCGUUACGACCAAGCAAGCAGUGAACCCGAGAAAUCCCCAACAGGUGAUGGACGAAGCCUGAAGCCAGAAACUCCAGAACCUGAUGGCGACUCCAACCAGGAGAGGGCCAAGGACAGAGGCCAACAAGGAGAGACAUCCAACUCCUUCCUGGCCACACUGGCGAGCAGCACCAGUGAGGAGAUGGAGGCAGAACUUCAGGAGAGGGUGGAGUCCAGCCAGAAGCAGGCCAAUCGCGUGGUGGAGAUCUACGAGUUUCUGAAGAGCACCGUGGACCAGCUCAAAGUGGAGCAGGACCCUGGAGCUGAGGGCAGUUUGUGGCAGGUAGCUUCCAAACUGAACUCUCUCCUUACCAGUGAAAAUGAGCGGCUGCAACAGCUGACAGAGGACCUCAAACAGAAGCACAGUCACAUGACCAGCGAGUCGCGGCCUCUGGGUCGCGCAGCUAACAAGGCAGACCAGCGUGUCAGCGAGCUGCAGGUCCUAAUCGAGGAGCUCCAGUGGGACAUGGAGAAGAUCCGCCGGCGAGAGAACAGACUGAAUGCACACUUAAGCGAGAUACUUGAGAGGGUAAACAGCAAAGGUUAUAAAGUGUGUGGGGAGGCCAGCAGUGUGUGUGGAACCAUCACUAUUAACAAGAGAAAGUUUGAGGAAAUGAACAGUGAGUUGGAGGAGAACAGGGAACUGGCAGACAAUCGCCUCAUCGAGCUACAGAAGUUACAGCAGGAUCUGCAAAAUGUUCACCAGGAGAACAACAGCAUGAAGGCGGAGCUGCUGAGUCGAGCUGAGGGCCUUGUAAAAGAAUCUUCUGAGUAUCGCUGUCUGCAGUCGCAGUUUUCUGUGCUCUACAAUGAGUCUCUGAUCCUCAAAGGUCAGUUAGAUGAGACUCGUGCACGCCUCAACACUACAAGAACGGCGCGUCUACGACAGCUGGAGCACAUGGAGAAUGACGAGGUGGCUCUGCAGAGGAAGGUCCGUACAGAGGUGUUUCAGCUAGAGGACACACUGGCUCAAGUCAGGAAGGAGUAUGAGAUGUUGCGCAUCGAAUUUGAACAGACUCUUGCUGCGAACGAGCAAGCAGGCCCGAUCAACAGGGAGAUGCGUCACCUGAUCAGCACGCUGCAAACCCACAACCAGCAGAUGAAAGGAGAGGUGGUGAAAUACAAGAUGAGACUGAGAGAGACACAAGCUGAGCUCAACCAGGUCCGCGCUUCAAAGGGCAACGCCAUUCUCCAAUCCCAGUCAAGCACAGAGAUGGACGUGAAAGAUGAGACGACCUCUCCAUCCACCCCAGCUGUUUCUGGAGAACCUGUAGUCAAGACUGAGCCUGACAACGGCUCCUCCACACCCAGCAGCACAGGUGCCUCAGUAAAAACAGAGCCUGGUACAGAGCCAGAGGCAACCAUAAAGGAAGAGGAGAAGGAGGAGAAGAAGGAGAAGGAUGAAAAGAAAGAAAAGGACAUUAUAAAGAAAGAGGAGAAAGAUAGAGAACGGGAGAAAGAGAAGGAAAAGGAGAGAGAGAGGCCGACCCGAGGAGGUGGUGGGAGCAGCAGCGGCGUCAUAAAGGAAGAGAAGGAGAAGCCGGGGAGCAGCAGCCAACCUGAGGACGCAGCCGGGGAACGCCUCUCUGUGGUUGGAGGGUCAAAGAGGAAGGAAAUGGAGCAGCUGAAGAUUGUCCGAGCAGAACUCAAGAAAGCCCAGGAGUCCCAGAGGGAAAUGAAGCUGCUGCUGGACAUGUACCGCUCAGCACCCAAGGAGCAGAGAGACAAAGUCCAGCUCAUGGCUGCAGAAAAGAAGUCGAAGUCGGAGGGAGAGGAGCUGCGGCAGAGGCUGAGGGAGCUGGAGGAGAGGGAGAGGAGGGAGGGCAAGAAAAUGGCUGAUGAAGAGGCUCUGAGGAAGAUCCGCUCUGUGGAGGAGCAGAUUGACAUCCUCAACAAGAAGCUGUCUAUAGCCAAACAGGAGGAAGACGCACUGCUGAGCGAGAUGGACGUGACGGGCCAGGCGUUUGAGGACAUGCAGGAACAGAACAUCCGCCUGAUGCAGCAGCUCAGGGAAAAAGAUGACGCCAACUUCAAGCUGAUGAGCGAGCGAAUCAAGUCCAACCAGAUUCACAAGCUGCUGAAAGAAGAAAAGGAGGAGCUCGCCGACCAACUCCUCACCUUAAAAACUCAGGUCGAUGCCCAGCUGCAGGUGGUGAGGAAGCUGGAGGAGAAGGAACGCCUCCUGCAGGGGACCAUCAGCACUGCAGAGAGAGAGUUGACGCUUCGAACACAAGCUCUGGAUAUGAACAAACGCAAGGCUCAGGACUCUGCGCUGCUGUCAGAGGAGGUGCGAACUCAGCUGGAGCAGGUUCAGCAGAGGCUCAACCUGGUCAGAGAGGAGGUCAUUGAGAACAGCAUCUCCAGGGAAAAGGAGUCCUUCAACGCCCGACGAGCACAGGAGGACAUCUCCAAACUGAGGAGAAAGAUCGAGAAGGCCAAGAAACCAGCUGAGAAAAUCAGCAACGGAGACGAAAUCCUAAAUGAAGAAAUUAAUGACUACAAGGCCCGUCUAACGUGUCCGUGCUGCAACUCUCGGGUGAAGGAUGCCGUCCUGACAAAGUGCUUCCACGUCUUCUGCUUCGAGUGCGUCAAGACUCGCUACGACACCCGCCAGAGGAAGUGUCCCAAGUGCAACGCCGCCUUCGGAGCCAACGACUUCCAUCGCAUCUACAUCGGCUGAGGCUGCCGUUCCCGCUGCGCAGCUCAGAGGGCGAGCAGGAUGAGCAGUCGUACAAACGCUGCCUGGAGCGAGACUCAGCACCCAGCACUCAUGCAUUCCCCCUCCUCCGAACACUCCCCCACCCCCUCCUCUCGUCCUCAUCCACCCGAUGAUUUCAGCUCUGUGGGGGCCGCAGAGAUGCUCUGAAUGGAACGCUUUAAUUUUUUUUUUUUUUAUAAACGGUGACUGAAUCAUCUCCCAUCCAGUAUCAGUACUACUUUCUGUAUGUUUUCUUUGAAUACUGGUGCAGAAAGGAUGUUUGCAUCACAUACAUGAGGCUUGUGUGCUCGUUUGAAACCAGUAUACAGAGAAGAGAAUAAGUACAAUAGGGAAAACGGCAUUCCUCCCAGUGUUGUGGAUGUUUGUAUAAUGUCGGUGUGUAUGUACAUUAUUGUUUUGUUUUUUUUAAACCUGGCCACUGUUGCACCAGACUGUCCUGAAAUCAUCUGGACUCGGUGCUGUAUAGUUGCUGUCCUGCUAGUUAUUAAACUGAUAAUCAAAAA